AUGGCUGACCUAAAGGCUUCCUUUCUGGCCUUUUGUGACUUUGCGAAGAAAGGUUCAACUACUUGUAACGAUAAGACACUCAAAAAGAUAUGCACUGACUGCAAAUUAUACUCCAAAGGCAUGGAUCAGAAUCGUGUGGAUAUUCAAUUUAGAAAACAUAUUGGCAAUGCAAAGAAGGACGUUGACUACGCUGGUUUUGUAAGCUUUAUUGAGGGCGGAUUUUCGGAUGCCUAUGCAGAGGCAAAGAAAAUUAGUAAAGAAGCAGCUAUCAAAGAGCUGAAGGAUAAAAUUGCUGCGGGCAAUCCUAGUACCAGUAAUGCUACACAGGUUAGCAAAGAUGCCGCUACUGAAAGGCUAACAGACGUCAAAAAAUAUACAGGUGCUCAUAAAGCACGAUUUGAUAUGGAAACGGGAAAGGGCAAAGGCAUUGCUGGGAGAGAAGACAUAGUAGACGACUCGGGAUAUGUUCAAGGUUAUAAAAACAAAGACACAUACGACAAAACCCACUAG